GGGCUGCUAAUGGCGUCUGCAGCCGGGGCCGGGACGUUGCAGCUCAUCUGAUAUUGGUCACCCACAGAACCGGACAUGUGGAGAGUCAGAGAUUGGCCCUUGCGCUUCUGGCCCCGCCACUGCAUGCAGAUGGCGGGGCUGGGAGCUUUCCGACUCAUGAGCCGCUGCCUGCACCCAGAGUGGGCCGCUAUAGCUAAAAAGCAGCUGAAAGGGAAAAACGCUGAGGAUUUGAUGUGGCAUACUCCAGAAGGGAUCUCUAUCAAGCCACUGUACUCCAGCAGAGACACAAAUGACUUUCCUGAGGAGCUGCCAGGUGUGAUGCCUUUCACACGGGGGCCGUACCCCACAAUGUAUACACACAGACCAUGGACCAUCCGCCAAUACGCUGGCUUCAGUACGGUAGAGGAGAGCAACAAGUUCUACAAGGACAACAUCAAGGCUGGCCAGCAGGGAUUGUCAGUUGCUUUUGAUCUGGCAACCCACCGUGGCUACGACUCAGACAAUCCUCGAGUCCGCGGUGAUGUUGGAAUGGCUGGAGUUGCCAUUGAUACAGUGGAGGACACCAAGAUCCUUUUUGAUGGAAUUCCUUUAGAGAAAAUGUCUGUUUCUAUGACAAUGAAUGGGGCAGUAAUUCCUAUCCUGGCAAUGUUUGUUGUAACUGGGGAAGAGCAAGGAGUGCCUCAAGCCAAGCUGACAGGGACAAUCCAGAAUGACAUACUGAAGGAGUUCAUGGUGCGGAACACUUAUAUUUUCCCUCCAGAACCAUCAAUGAGGAUUAUUGCAGACAUCUUUCAGUACACAUCAAAGCAUAUGCCAAAAUUCAAUUCCAUUUCUAUCAGUGGGUACCAUAUGCAGGAGGCAGGUGCUGAUGCCAUUUUGGAACUGGCUUAUACUAUAGCUGAUGGUUUGGAGUACUGCAGAACUGGGCUACGGGCUGGCCUCACUAUUGAUGAAUUUGCACCAAGACUUUCCUUCUUCUGGGGAAUUGGUAUGAACUUCUACAUGGAAAUAGCUAAGCUAAGAGCUGGGAGACGACUGUGGGCUCACUUAAUAGAGAAAACAUUUCAGCCCAAGGACUCCAAAUCUCUUCUUUUAAGAGCUCAUUGUCAGACCUCAGGAUGGUCACUCACUGAGCAGGAUCCCUACAACAAUAUUAUCCGUACUACAAUUGAGGCAAUGGCAGCAGUAUUUGGAGGUACUCAGUCACUGCACACAAACUCAUUUGAUGAAGCGUUGGGUCUGCCCACAAUAAAAAGCGCUCGCAUUGCUCGGAAUACCCAGAUCAUAAUACAAGAGGAGUCUGGCAUUCCUAAAGUGGCUGAUCCAUGGGGAGGUUCAUUUAUGAUGGAAUGUCUCACCAAUGAAGUCUAUGAAGCUGCUUUACAGUUAAUUAACGAGAUUGAAGAAAUGGGUGGAAUGGCCAGAGCUGUAGCUGAGGGAAUUCCCAAACUUCGGAUUGAGGAAUGUGCCGCUCGCAGACAAGCCAGGAUUGAUUCUGGAUCUGAAGUAAUUGUUGGAGUAAACAAGUACCAGUUAGAAAAAGAGGAUUCAGUUGAAGUUCUGGCUAUUGAUAACACUUCAGUUCGCCAAAAGCAGAUUGAGAAGCUUGAGAAGGUGAAAGCUUGCAGAGAUAAAGCAGUUGCUGAACAAUGUCUUAGAGCUUUAACAGAUGGUGCUAAAACAGGUCAAGGCAAUCUCUUGGAGCUUGCAGUCGCAGCAGCACGUGCAAGAUGCACUGUUGGAGAAAUAACAAAUGCAAUGAAGGAGGUGUUUGGAGAGCAUAAGGCCAAUGACAGAAUGGUGAGCGGAGCCUACCGCCAGGAAUUUGGGGAGAGUGAUGAAAUUCUUCAUGCCAUUAAUAGAGUUGACAAGUUUAUGAAUCGUGAAGGACGCAGACCUCGUAUCCUUGUUGCUAAAAUGGGUCAGGAUGGCCAUGAUAGAGGAGCCAAAGUUAUUGCUACAGGAUUUGCAGACAUUGGCUUUGAUGUAGACAUAGGUCCACUCUUCCAGACACCCCGGGAAGUGGCCCAGCAGGCUGUAGAUGCUGAUGUGCACUGCGUAGGUGUGAGCACAUUAGCAGCAGGUCAUAAAACUCUUGUUCCUGAACUCCUCAAAGAGCUAAAGACUCUUGACCGUCCAGACAUUCUGGUGAUUUGUGGAGGCGUCAUCCCCCCUCAGGAUUAUGAUUUCCUCUAUGAAUCUGGCGUGUCCAGCGUGUUUGGUCCUGGGACUCGAAUUCCAAAGGCAGCAGUCCAGGUGCUUGAUGAUAUUGAGAAGUGCCUGAAUAAGAGACAGCAAUCUAUGUAACAGUGAAAUUUUCCACGGUGCUCUCAGCCUUAUAACGACUAUUUACAGAAUGUGAUCAUCAGCUAAGAGAAGCCAGCUACAUAAAUUUGGUUGUAAUAUCCAGUGUCACAUGCUUUCUAAGAAAGUUGUAAAUUCUUGGGUAUUUAUGCAAGGAUGAUUUCUAUACAUAGGCGCAUGAAAAUAUAUGUCUAAAUGGAGUUCAGUAAAAGUCCUUCAAGAAUUUGAAAAAAAUAAAUUCUAUUCUAACAUU